AUGUCUCGGCCUGUUCAUCUUCCAGUCCCCUGUCCUGUUCAGCUCGGUUCCUUAAGAAAUGACUCUCUGGAAGCUCAGCUUCAUGAAUAUGUGAGACAAGGGAACUAUGUGAAAGUGAAGAAGAUUCUUAAGAAAGGAAUCUGUGUUGAUGCAGUUAACUCCCUGAGCCAGACAGCACUUUACAUUGCUGCAUUGUUAGGUCUUCCGAAAUUAGUUGAUAUUCUGGUGGAUUACGGAUCAGACCCAAAUCACCGUUGCUCUGAUGGGAGCACCCCUGUCCACGCAGCAGCAUUUUCAGGCAAUCAGUGGAUCCUCAGUAAACUGCUGGAGGCAGGAGGUGACUUGAGACUCCACGACAAGAAGGGUCAAAGCCCUCAGGCCUGGGCACUGACAGCAGGGAAGGAGCGCAGCGCUGCGAUGGUGGAGUUCAUACAGCGCUGUGCCUCGCACAUGAAGGCCUUCAUCCAGGGCUUCUCCUAUGACUUUCUGAGGAAGAUAGACUCCCCUCAGCAGCUCGUCAGCAGCCCAUCCCGGUUUGGGGGCCUCAUGCGAGGAAACCCUACUGGCUCUCCUAACCGACUGCUUAAAGCCGGAAUCAUUUCUGCCCGAAAUAUCUACAGCUUUGGCUUUGGGAAGGCUGUGCUUUGGUCGCAGUUUUUUCUCAUAGGAGGGAAGCAGCUGGCCUAUCCGCUAUCUCUUCCCGUAAUUGGAGAAAAGGAAGUGAUCCAGGCUGAUGAUGAGCCCUCUGUCUCCUUCUGCAGUGGCCCCUACAUGGUCAUGACCAACCUGGUGUGGAACGGAAGCUGUGUCACGGUGAAGGAGCUGAAUCUCCCCACCCACCGGCACUGCAGCAGGCUGCAACUGGCUGACCUGCUCAUUGCCGAGCUGGAGCACAGCAGCAAGUUGUGCCACCCCCACAUGCUGCAGCUGAUGGCCGUGUGCCUGUCCCAGGACCUGGAGACGACCCGCCUCGUAUACGAACGCGUCACAGUUGGCACGCUCUUCAGUGUCCUCCAUGAACGUCGGUCCCAGUUCCCUGUGCUGCACAUGGAGCUGAUUGUGCACCUGCUGCUCCAGAUCUGUGAGGGCCUGAAAUACCUGCACAGCCGUGGUUUUGUCCACUGUUCCCUCAGCUCCUAUGCUGUCCACAUCGUCUCCAUGGGGAAAGCGAAGCUGACCAACCUGGAGUACAUGAUAGAAAGCCAGGACAGAGGUGCGUACAAGGACCUGCCUCAAGUUCCCCUCCCCACCCAGCUAUAUAACUGGGCCGCUCCGGAGGUGAUCUUACAGAAGGCUGCCACGGUGAAGUCAGACAUUUAUAGCUUUUCUAUCAUCAUACAGGAAAUUUUAACAGACGACAUACCCUGGAAUGGUUUAGAAGGCUCAGUUAUUAAAGAAGCCAUAGUCUUGGGAAAUAAUUUAGAAGCUGAUGUCAGGCUCCCAAAACCUUACUAUGAUAUUGUUAAGUCAGGCAUCCAGGUCAAGCAGAGACACCGAACUAUGAACCUUCAAGAUAUCUUGUAUAUUCUGAAGAAUGACUUAAAGGAUUUUAUUGGAGCCCAAAGAUCUCAGCCAACUGAGAACACCAGAGUACAGCAAUAUGAGCCCUAUCCUGAUGCCAGUGUCUAUCUGGGAUUGACGUCAGAGCAUGGGAAAGAGCCCCCUGACUUGGAAAUAAAAGAACUAAAGGGAUCCGGUAGUCAGCUUCAUUCACCAAAGGGUCACUUUUCCCCCACUGAGGAAGCAGUACUAGAUGCUCAGGCCCCAGAUCCAAGUCUGGUGGCCAAGGAGACUCAGAACCAAGGCUCUGAUUCUUCUGUGUCAUCUGUGGUGGGAGAUAUCAGGAGCCCAAGUACAGGUCAGGUGAGCCUCUAUAGCUUCGAAAUCAAUGAAAUUUACUCAAGCUGCUUGGAUGUGGGAGAUGAUAAAAAAGAGGAUCCCCCAGGAUCUGUUUCAUCUCUUGAGGGGGAUAGACCACCCCAGGGAGAUGAAUUGAAGUCCAUGGAAGAAGAGUUGGACAUGAUGGAGAGAGAGGCAUGCCGUCUUUGCAGUGAAGAUGAGAGCCCUUCGGAAACUGAAACAGAGCUCUCCAUUGAGGACUGGGAUUCGGAGGAUAGUUCUCUUAGUUCAUCCAGCGUGCAUGAGUCUACCAAAGAAGCCAAGGUCAUGGUGAGCAAUAGGUCUAUGACUGAUGAGUACCUCAGUAAGUGUGUGCUGAACCUGACGAUUGCACGGAAGUUAAUGUACCAGAAUGAUGAUUUGCUGAAGAGUACCCAACAGAAAAUCGAUGAGCUUGCAAUGAUGCAGAAAGAGCAGGCAGAGCACUGGUCUUUGUGGAUGACUUCAAGAAUGUUUGCAGACAUUUCUGAUGUACCAUUAGCUGUGGGUCCCCCAACUUUGACCUACAUCCCUCCUAUCAUCUCACUGUCAGGGGACCAGAAGCUGGAUACUAGUGGUCAUUCCCAUACUCUAGCAAGGUCUCCAAGGACACUGCCAACUCUCUGUGGCUCUGGAAAACAGAACACCGGUGAACAGUUUCACUCUACUCAAGGAGCCAAGAACAAUUUGGACAGAAGCAGGAACCCAGAUAUCAAUAGUCAGGGAAAGCCUAGAGAGUCCAGUGUCCCGGCCAAAGUCACCCAGCGAAACAGUGCGCUCUUCACGGUGUCAAGCCACCUGCAGGGACAUCUGAGAUCACCCAGCAGUGUUCAGGACUCUACCAGGAUCAGUAUGGAAUCUGUGUCUUCUAAAAUCUGUAAUCCAAAAUCAAGAAACCAUGAAGAUGAAGAGGUACAUUUAAAAUGGAAAUCGGAAGUGAAAGAAAUGGCCGAGAAAGCAGCUGCUGGGCAGCUCACAGUACCUCCGUGGCAUCCUCAGAGUAGCUGGGCUUCAGAGGGUGAGGCUGAAAGCCAGCCCCUUAGCUUGCUGCAGCCCCCAGCUCAGGACCUUGAGAACGUGGACUGGCAACAAGCACUAGAGUGUCCCGGGGAAAACGACAAGCCAGGAAGGAACAGUAAGCGUGACAAAACGGACAACACUGGCCAGCCUGGGGGGCAGCCGGGGCCUCGGAGCUUCACCAGUGCCAGGCAGCUGUCCCUUGGAAAGAGUGAGCAGCCAACACAUAGUGGGGCCUUUCAAGCAAUGUCUGAUGCAUCUGUGGCCAUCGAGAAACCUUGCAGCGAUCAGUGUGUGCGAUCAACUUGUUCAUCAGAGUCUUCUGAGGACAUAACAGAUGAGUUUUUAACUCCAGAGUAUGAUGGUUUUUACUCCUCAACUGGUCAAGAAAACUUAGCUCUAGAGACCUCAAGUCCCAUAGAAGAGGCCUCAGGAGGAAUACAAGGUGCACUUGCUCAACCUCAUGGCUCUGGUGAGGAAAGUUUCCAAAUGACGGGAAGAAUCCUUGGAAAGAAUGAUGAGAUUUUGUCCAAACUUCAGUUCCAACCCAUACGAAGUACUGAAAGUGAACAAGAAGAGACUUUAAAGGAGCCACCAAAGGAACUGAAAGAAAAAGACAUAUCAUUGACGGACAUUCAAGACCUGUCUAGUAUCUCCUAUGAACGAGAAGGCUCUUUUAAGGAAGCUUCCUGUAAAACACCCAAAAUCAACCAUGCACCUACUAGUGUUAGCACUCCACUCAGCCCAGGCUCCAUGUCCAUUUCUUCAUCAGCUAGUCGGUAUAAAGAUUGUCUUGAAAGUAUCACAUUUCAAGCUACAACAGAGUCUGCUGCUCACCGGAACAGUCAAGAGCUCAUUGAAACCUCAUCUGAUAAAUUUACAAGUGUCCAGGAGAAAGUGAGGAUCCUGGAGUCCCUCCUUACUUCCCCUGAAACACCCCCUUCAAGAAGGACUGGGCUCAACAAGUUGUCUGCGUUUACUGGGCCUGGUUCCUCAGGCAUGGCUAAGGCACCUGGCAUAUCACUCCCCACCACCCAGAGAAGGAGCCUGCCCAAAGUAGAAACCAUCUCCCAGCAUCACAUUGAUGAGCUACCACCGCCAUCUCAGGAGCUGCUGGAUGAACUUGAGCACCUGAAGCAACAGCAGGCCUUACCCAUCGUGUUGGGUGAGAACACAGCGAGUGACCCGGACAGCCCUAUCAAUGAUCAAAGGCAGUUAGAAGAACAAGACACUGACAGUAAAAAAGAAGAAGAUAACAGUAUACUUUGGACCAAAGAAAUUCAGGAUCUCGGAGAAGACACAGAGAGAGCUCACUCUACUCUUGAUGAGGACCUGGAAAGAUGGCUUCAGCUACCUAAGGAGAGCAAGGGACUCCAGGACUUCCCAGAAGGCGCUGAAAGGGAGACAGAUACUAAAAGUCCAAAAGUUGAUGAAAAGAAAGAAAAAGGGGAAGGAAGCAUAACACCAGAGAAAAGGAAAUCGGAGAGCUUCGUAGAGACUUCUGAAGAAGAUGAACUAAAACCUUGCUUUUGGAAGCAACUGGGUUGGUCUGAACCAUCCAGGAUAAUUGUGCUGGAGCAGAGUGACUUGGCAGACUGA